GCAAUCAAAGGCCCAGGAUUUCUAUGGGUAACAUCGCGAAUCUCGAAAUCCGCAGCGGAUAUCCUCGACGAAAGCACGUAUUUCAAAUGGUACGAUGAAGACCACAUCGCCGAAAUCAUCGCAACAUCCAGCAUCAAGAGCGGCUUCCGCUACGUCAACGUGGAGAAGGAAUCGCAUCACGGAUCGCCGAGGGCGCCAAUGCCGUUCCUGGCUUUCUACCCCAUGGAUGACCUGGCGUUCAUGCAGGGGCCAGAGUUUAAGAAUAUCAGGGUCAAGAGCGAUAUCUUGCCUGGGUCGGGGAUCAUCUAUGACUUCGCGGACGUUGAUGUGCGGUACUUGGGUUUGGUGGGACAGAGCGGAAAGAAGCAAGGCAAAGCUGCGCAAUACUUGAUCGUAUCAGCAAUAGAACCAGCCACUGGCACGUCGGAUGAAGAUGUUGAUGCGUUCUUCGAUCAGCAAAUCAACACGGUCUCCAAAACACCCAAUUAUGUCCGCACCUUACGGCUAAAGCUUCUCUAUGCAAGGACAAAUGCGCAGUCUCGAGCUCUGAAAGGCCUACCGACGACAGAUGAGCCCGCGCCGGAGCCUCCGACAUGGCAGGUCGUCCACGAAUUCUCUGCCGAGCCCUCGGCUGAAGCGAAACGGAGCAUCCAAGACGAUAGGAGUCCGAUAUUGAAGACCGCGAAACAGAUCGAAUUACAUGUAUACAAGCUCACCAAGGCUCAC